AUGGAGCAUUCCGACGCGCUGCGUGACGUGCCCAGCGCUGAAGACAAGGCAACCGAUCUAGAAGCCCCAGCCACGAUCGCUCCCACCGUUGAUCUCGAUGACGAUCAGCGCGGUCCCAACGACCUCUUCGACAUCGAAUAUACCGCUGGAGCAACCACUGGCUCAGCCACGCAGCCAUCUUGCUCGAUCGCUUUUCGAGUUCCUGAGAAACAGCGCGCCACCAUGGUCAUUCGUAUCAAGCUCCCUAGAGAUAUGAGCCUCGAGAACAAUCCCAAGAACCUUGACAAUCACUGCGUGUCCAUUUAUCUUCCCGCCUCGCAGAUUUGUAGCUUCGAUUACGAAGACUUGCCCGAUGGCUACACUCUUUCAACUACCGACGGCUUUUCGCUUGGUGAUGGCUUUGUUGACCACAGUGGUGGACCUUGCAAAUUCGGCCGACUUUGUGUUCAGUCCCUAGGUGCCUUUAUCCAAGGUGGUGAGGUUCCCAAGCUUGCAGACAGCGCAGUCGAAGAUGCCAUCAAGAAGCUAAUUAAGGAUCUCCGCCAUCAUACCCGCGAAGCUGCCCAAGCCCAAGCCCAAGCUGGUCAAGUUCAGCAGCUUCUGCCAUUCAUGUUCUUGAUUAAUCGAUCUGACGAUCUUACCCACAAGAAAGCCAACACCUUCUCAGCUCGCAUCAGCGCUGAGCUCCUCGCUGACCCCUCCAUGGCUUGGCUUCAGAACACUGCUAAUGGCAAGUGUUUCACUAUGGACACAUUGGUAGACUUCGCUGCUCGACCAAAAAUUCCUCUUCAACGAGCAGAAACUGUCUUCGUAGAUUCAAUGUCGAUCCUCAUCCCCACAGUCUACCAAGCUGUCUUCGAGGAAGACUUUGUUCAGCAGACCAUGACCGAGCUAAAGAUCGAUACAUUUAAUGCGCACUUUAUUGAGAGUCCUCUUGCCGUCAACAAGGCAGACAACAAUACUGAUAUUACUGUCGGCUCCCUCGCAUCAGCAUAUAUAUGCUUCGUAGACUUUACCGACAAAAUCGUCGUUCGACCUGAAAUCGGAGACAUGGUUCGAGUUCAUAUCAUUCAAGAAAAACAUACUCCAGAUACUCCAGGAUUUGCUUCCGAGCCUAAUAAUACUGUUAUUGAGCCUGCCAAUAAUACUCCUGAGCCUGGUAGCGAUUCGGAAUUGGGAGAUGAAGCCAUCGUUGAUGUCUUCGACUAUGACGAGCUCGACGACGACAACGAUCCGAACGCUUAG